AUGUACCGAAUAGACUCCAUCAAGCGCCAGGCUAGGAAAGAAGCUUGGUAUGGCGAUUCUAUGAACCCUUUCCGAAAGACUGGAAGAUCCAGUACAUGGCACAACAACAAUGAUCUCGAAUCUGCGAAUGGCGCCGAAGACCAGACCUCGUUAUCAAAUGUACAAACAGAACCUGUAGGACGCUCGUCGGGGCUGAAUGGUGGAGAUGAUGUCCGGGCAACUUCAAAAAAUGAAGAGUUUCACAUGACAAAACCCUCAGGCGCCGCGCGAUCCAGCGAUCCAGAAAGUACUACCACGGGAACUACAUUAGAAAAAACAGCGACGCGCACACCCAGUGCCGAAGAAAAGGCUCGCCGACGAUUCGUAGGGGGAUUCUUCAAAAGGAAUAAAGGCGCCUCGAAUUCAGAUGAAGAGGAGGAUGUACCCAAAAAGCGACCAUGGUACAUGGGGAAAAUCUUGAAGCACAAGCCGUUCACGCUCAGAAAUCAGUUGCAGGCGACCAUCUUUAAUUCCUGGAUCAACAUCUUGCUGCUGGCUGCCCCUGCAGGUAUUGCAUGCAACUAUGCGCAUCUAGAUGGGAAAGUCAUCUUUUGUGUCAAUUUUAUUGCCAUUAUCCCUCUAGCAGCCAUGCUAAGCUUUGCUACGGAAGAAAUUGCUCUUCAUGUUGGUGAGAGUUUAGGUGGUCUAUUAAAUGCCUCAUUUGGUAAUGCCGUCGAAAUCAUCGUUGCAGUUAUUGCCCUGGCAAAAGACAAUAUUACCGUUGUCCAAACAUCUCUGAUUGGCAGUAUGCUCUCCAACUUGCUACUUGUACUGGGCAUGUGUUUCUUCUUCGGUGGACUUCGAAGACAAGAACAAUACUUCAAUCAGACCGUUGCCCAGACCGCUGCCAGUUUAUUGGCUCUUGCUAUUGGCAGCAUCAUCAUUCCAACUUGCUUCGCCCAGUUUGGCUGGCCUGGUGAAACAGUAGCCCCAGUUGUUAAAGUCGCAGCUCUUUCUCGUGGAACGUCCGUGAUCCUCCUUGUCGUCUACGGAUGCUACCUUUUCUUCCAACUAAAGACGCAUUCCGAAGAUUUUAACAAGGAGAGUCAAAAGGUUGCAAAGAAGCCACGCAAGAACGCGUUGCCUGACGGGGCCGUUUUUAAGGGUCUCGCUAAAGCAGGUGGCGUUAGCGCUGGUCCUGGCAGAGCAAAUGUCGUUGACAGACCACCAAAUGAUGAGCUGAUUCUCCCCAACGCCUACGAAGAAACUCCGGACGAACCUGAGGAGCCUCAACUUCAUAUCGCUGUUGCAUGGGCUACUUUGGCUGGUGCUACUGCUAUCAUUGGACUUUGUGCCGAGUUUAUGGUUGAUGGUAUCGAUUCUGUCACCAAGAGUGGUUCAAUCUCAGUCGAAUUUGUUGGUCUUAUCCUGCUUCCCAUCGUUGGAAACGCCGCCGAACACGCGACAGCAGUUACUGUGGCUGUUAAGGACAAGAUGGAUCUUGCUAUUGGUGUUGCCGUUGGCUCCAGUAUGCAGAUUGCCUUAUUGGUACUGCCAUUGGUUGUUGUGAUUGGAUGGAUCAUGGGCAAGGAUGAUAUGAACUUGAACUUCGAUGGCUUCCAAGUUGCUGUACUCUUUGUCGCAGUUCUACUCGUCAAUUACCUCAUCGCGGAUGGCCGCAGUCAUUGGCUUGAGGGCAUGCUCUUGCAAUGUCUAUAUUUAAUUAUUGCCGUGUGUGCCUGGUACUACCCAGAAGUUUCAGCAUCAUAA